GGAGCCGACAGGCAGGGAGGACAGAGACUGCUGAGACCAGAGGACAGACAGCCAGGAGACAGACCCACCUUCACGAGAGAGAAAGGAGCAGAGGAUGUCCAGAGCUGACUGGUCCUUUCUGGAGCACCUGCUGGAGGAGGGCCAGGAGUACUCAACAGCCGUCGGCCGCGUCUGGCUCACCGUGCUCUUCCUGUUUCGCAUGCUGGUGCUGGGGACCGCCGCCGAGUCAGCGUGGGAUGACGAGCAGGCCGACUUUGUCUGCAACACCCGGCAGCCCGGCUGCCCCGCCGUGUGUUACGACAGAGCCUUCCCCAUAUCGCACUUCCGCUACUUUGUCCUCCAGGUCAUUUUUGUCUCGACGCCGACCAUCUUCUACUUUGGAUAUGUGGCCGUAAUCAGUGCGAAGGCCAAGAGAAAAGAGGAGGAUGAGAAGAGAGACAAUGACGGCGUCGUUAUGCAGAGGGACGACGGCGAGGUGAAUAAAGAAAAUGAAGAAGGGAAGGAGAAAGAAAAGGGGAGUGAGAAAGACAAGAAAUCGUACAAGCCUCCUCCGGAGGUCCCGAAGCUGAAAGGCAGACUGCUGGGGGCGUACGCGUUCAGCAUCUUCCUGAAAGUCGUCCUGGAGGUUGGCUUCAUCGUCGGGCUUUGGUUCCUUUACGGCGGCUUCUUCAUCGCAGCAAAGUUCGAGUGCACGGGGUUUCCCUGUCCUCACACGGUGGACUGUUUUGUCUCCCGGCCCACGGAGAAGACCAUCUUCACCGUCUACACUCAGGUCAUCGCCGUCGUCUCCCUCCUCCUCAACCUGGCGGAGCUCCUCCACCUGCUCCAGCUCGCCAUCUCCCACCGGCUGGAGAAACGCUACCGCGCCGAGCAGCAGGACUAUUUACCGCGGGUCAAAGCGGCUCCGGCCCAGGAGGAAAACCUGGAGCUCCAGUCGGACGCGGCGUGUACUUAUCAGGAAGUCGGCCACAUGAACCCGCCCGUGCAGGGUGACGUUCCCCGCUAUCCCAAUCCCUGCGAGAGCUACGGAGAUGUGGCGAUAGAGGUGAACGAUCUGCUUCCCACUUAUGUGAACUACAUGGGAGCCAUGAGGACUACGCACUCCCCUCGAAUACAUUAUAAGAAGCACGCACGUCAUGCUGGGAAAAACACUAAAACUCCCCAUAAGAGUCACUCAAAACAGAAACAUUAUGUUUGAUGGAUUGUCUUCUUCAUUGAAGCUCUCUCCUUCAGUUUUCCUGUUUUUGUUUUUUGAAAUGCCAUCCUGCACAUGACACUUGACUACAAAGAGUACAGGGCGAGCACUUAACAUGGAGGAGAUGCCUCAGAGGCAGACAGACGUUCGGGCAGCGAGUCGCCAAAUAAAUGGAUCCAUUCAAAAUAAAAAUAUUUUGAAGAACUCCCCUCAAAGGCAAAGAGAAUGAGACUCCGUGAUGAGAAGAGAUUAAAGUCAUGAGAUGCCUUCAUGCAACAUUUAAUGGCUCUUAGUGCUGGAUGUGACAGCGGAGGAAAACAGAACGGCGGCGGGUGUGGGGGUCUGUGGAGGGUUUUUCUGUGUGUGUGUUUUUAUGGGAGGGAAGUGAGCAGAGUCACAUUCAGCCAUAUUCCCCUGAGAUUUGCACUGUAACCCCUGGAGUUGCAUAAAGCCCCCCCCCCUUCCUUUCUCCCAGUGGCUCUUCCCAGCUCGGAAUGAAGCGGUUUCAGGAUCCCGCUCUGGUCCCCGGAGGAUAAUGGCUGUGUGGAUGCAGGCAUGCAUGCAUGCACACACACAAUAUACUUUUCGCCUUUCACCCAGUGAGAUCUGGUCUUUGGGUGUUUGGGGACUGGGGAGGUUGGGGUUACGAAGGGGGAACAUGAACCAUGGGAAUUGUGGAGAUGAACAUGACUUACCAUUGUCAGUAAGCGUAUUAUUGUUCCUAUGAAGAAAGAGGAUGAGGACCGCCGCGCACACUGCUCACUGAAUAAUGCAGAGACAAACAUCCACUUUGAAGCCCAAACGAUCCAGCGAGGCAGAGAUGGAACUGAAAAGAUGCUUUGCACAAUAAAGUGGACUGAAAGCGGUACAGAAAUGUACAGAUUCAAUGAAUUUCAUGAUUACUGUAUUUAAUAUUUCAAAUAUUGUGAACAGUUGGUAUUUAUUUUACGAAAAAUAAACUUAAAAGUAC